UCAUCCUCGCUGCGUCUCGGACCAAUCUCCUCUCGUUUUAUUCGCACCCCCCACCCCCUAUCUCGUCCCUCCCCGCGGGAACGAGAGUCUCCCUUGUUAUGUUGUAGGCGCGUGUUAUAAAGCGAAAAGCCCCGCAGUUCCCUUCAGAUCGGAGCUCUCCGACCGCUGCGCGCACCAGCUAUCAGACAAUCAGGACCUGACCGUGCUCACAACUAUGACCCUGCUGUGCUCUCCUGGAUUAACUGUCAAGUAAGCGUUGUUUGUCGCCGCCACCCCCCUCUAACACCAUCACCACCCGCAGCAGCAGCCUCCUCACCGGCUCCUCCGUCCCGUCCCUCAGCCUUUAACUCUCAGCUUUGUUCUGCGGUUAUGGGCUGCGUUGUGUCCUUUUUGCCUGGGCUGCUGGGGGGCUUGACCGUGCUGUGAUUCGGAUACCAGGUGGAUUUAUGGUCUGCAAAGCCGCAACUACCAACCGAGGGAAAUUAGUGGAACUUUGAGCUCCGGGAGGAUGCAGGUGACGUGUUGGUGCGCCGUGUUCCUCCUGACGCCUGCACUUUGCCUGGUUACUAGUGCCCAUGCCUCAAAGUCAGAAAUUGUUAAGUCAGGAAGCCCCAAAUCCACACUAAAGCAUAUAUGGACAGAAAGCAGCAAGGAUAUGUCCAUCAGUAGGCUGCUGUCACAGACUCUACAUGGCAAAGAGAACAGCACAGCAUUAGACCUUCGCUAUGACACUCCAGAGCCCUACUCUGAGCAGGACCUGUGGGACUGGCUGAGGAACUCCACAGACUUGCAGGACUCGCGGCCGCGGGCUAAACGGCGGCCAAUGGUCAAGACGGGGAAGUUCAAGAAGAUGUUCGGCUGGGGGGACUUCCACUCUAACAUCAAGACGGUCAAACUGAACCUGCUGAUCACCGGGAAGAUCGUGGAUCAUGGCAACGGCACCUUCAGUGUCUACUUCCGCCAUAACUCCACAGGCCAGGGCAAUGUGUCCGUCAGCUUGGUCCCUCCAACCAAGAUAGUGGAGUUCGAUGUGGCGGCACAGCAGUCCGUCAUUGACGCCAAGGACUCAAAGUCCUUCAACUGCCGCAUAGAGUACGAGAAGGUGGAAAAGGGUGCCAAGAACACACUCUGCAACUUCGACCCGUCCAAGACCUGCUACCAGGAGCAGACCCAGAGCCACGUGUCCUGGCUCUGUUCCAAACCUUUCAAAGUCAUCUGCAUCUUCAUUUCCUUCUACAGUACCGACUACAAACUGGUGCAGAAAGUGUGCCCAGACUACAACUACCACAGUGACACUCCCUAUUUCCCCUCUGGCUGACGUUCCCAUAUAUGCACAUACAGAAAAGUGGACGAGUAGAGCACAGACUGGGACUUCUUCCCAUCCCAGAGAAAUGUGUAUGUUAGCUGUACUGUCCCUAAACCUGUCCAUACCAGAGUGUCAGCCAUCCCAACUGAUUUUCCAAUUUGAUGUUGAAUUUUGCAGAGAGAGCAGUUACGUUUAACUGUUAAAAAGUUAGUAUUUAGGACUGUAAUAUGACCUGAAAAACUCUCAUUAAUUUGUUUAUUAUCAGUUAGAAUCUUAUUCCUGAAUUAUGUUUAGUCUGUUCUGGCCCUGUUGAACCAUGUGUAGAAAGCAUUGGCUUAUUGGUCCUUUUGUUAUGACUAUUAAACCCUGCCUAUUGUUUGCUUUUGGUUUAUUUCAAACUUCUUGUUUCAAACUAGAUGUUAAUAUGUUUUAUUCUUUUCUGCAUAUUUCAUAUGUAAUGCAUUAACUCUCUGGACAAAAACAUGUGGACAUUUUGCCCCUGCUGUGCUAUUUAUGCUCUGCAGUUUAUCCUGCAUAACUGGAAAACAAAAUGAACUAAUUUAAAAAGAAUAAAAAAAUUAAAUCCUCAGAGUUUUUACAAAAGGCAGCCGAAGAGGACAGUAAAGAUUCAUAUGUGAAUUUGAUGCUUUUAGAAAUGUGAGGUGGUCUUACCUAUGUAGGGGUGAGCUGGAACUGAGCAGGCUUCUCCUUCAGAUGGGUUUCAGGUGUCAGGAGAGAAAAUGUGUAAUCACGCUCAGAUAUUGCAACACUGUCAAUCUUCAGCUGUCGUCAGAGCGUUCCUGCUAAUGCAGCUUGAUGUUGAGUUUGUUGGGUGAUUGGUUCAUUCAUGACUGAUUACAUGACUGAUUGAUCGGUGGGUCUAUCGUGGGGGAUGGGGCUUGCUCAUUGUCACUCAAUAUAUCAAAUGUAAUGUAUUGAAUUCUAUAUCUUAGAGCCUAAUUUGUAUGAAUGGUUUGUAUUGUACAUAGUUUAUCCCAACUGCGAUGCUUCUGUACAUGCCCCACAUGAGCUGUGUGUUUGCCCCCUACCUGCUAAGUCCUCUUGUUCACUCCAUUUAUGCUUGUUCUUACCACAAAUAAAGAAACAAAUAAAAUGAUGUUGCUGCCCUAGAUGUGAAUUUCAUGAAAACAGCAAUCCUGUACAGAAGCUGUAAAACUGACUAAAUAUAUUAAAAGUAUUCAUUGAAAGUUUCU